AUGGAUCAACAGGGCCAACGCGGUCGCUCGCCGUCUGCGGGGCAUCAACAGCCUCAUAUAAGACAACCUUCGCAUUCCCCGUCGCCGAGUCCGUUCCAGCCCACCAACGAAGCAGCUUCUAUUGGUCUCGGUCUCGGCUUGGAUCAAUCUGCUACCCAAGCCUUCUCCGGAGCCGCCUCCGCCGACUUCUCUACUUUUAAUAAUAACAACUUCUUGAACGGCCAGCAGAACGGUCAGUCUUUCAAUCAACCCGCUGCUGCCUUCGCAAACCAAGCCCAACCCGGCUUUCUCGACCCCAACUUUCCCUCCGGCGACUUUGCACUCUUCCCCCCGACCACCAGCCAGGGCGAACAGCAGUUUAACACGGGAGUUUACGACCAGAGCCUCAACCCUGGUGACAUGAACAACAUGGCCAUGUCACAGAGCCACCACUCGCCGACCCCUCCUCACCUCCUAAAUCCCGACCCCCACCAGACGCCCUCUGCUCACCAGUCUCCUGCCUUCAACAACCACCAGUUCUCCUCGCCGCCGUCGGGCCAUUCCAGACAUGCCUCGCUCGGCCCUGAAGCUGCCCUCAUGCCCAACCAGCUGAACGAAUGGAGCCAGCCCCAGUUCCAGCGUCACCGGAGGUCCCCAUCCGAGUUCUCGGACGUCUCCUCCGCUGCCCCCUCGCCGAACCUGGUGAGCGCCGACAGCUUCGAGGCUAUUGACCAACGCCACUCGCCGAUGCAGCGCCCUGCGGAUGCAGGUCUCUACCAGCAAAUUCAAGGUUUUGACAGCUUCACCAUUUCCGACCCCGCGCUUAGCAGUCCCAACCUGCAAGGGCGGAGCCCCUCCCACAGUCCGGCCAUCUCCCCGCGCAUCCUUCCCCAGUCGAUACCCGAGCUGAACCAGCCGCCAAACUUUGGACUCAGCGCUCAGAAUGCUGGAUUUGCCGCUGGUGGUUACUCAGCCCAGGAGGCGUUCCCGACCCUGCAGCAACCCUCCGACAUGCCCCAAGUGGCGCCGGCCAUUAACAUCGAGUUUGCUCCCACAUCAAGACAGACCAGCUUUGAGCCCCCCAAGGCUGCGAUGGAUCAAGACUCCUUGACCCCUCCCGACAGAGGCCGUCCCCGGUCCCGUCCGCGUGCGGUUACGGACCCAUUCAACAGUGCCGGUGCCGGCAUGGUCCGCCAGACCUCAGCUGGCAGCCUGUCUCCUCAUUUGGGGUCUGAUCUGUCCGGACGAGACUCCUCCCGAUCAUUAUCUCCGCUCGACCGAUCAGGCACGAGCCCCAGCCGCAGAAGACAGUCGACCUCGGCCGUGCCGAAUAACGUCAUCGCGUUGCGACUGGCGGACCCUGAGUACCAAAAUUCUCAGGACAACGGCAACGCGAAACGCGUGCAGAAGCACCCGGCUACCUUCCAGUGCACGCUGUGCCCGAAGCGCUUUACCAGAGCCUACAAUUUACGGUCGCAUCUGCGCACGCACACCGACGAGCGCCCCUUCGUCUGCACGGUCUGCGGCAAAGCGUUUGCUCGACAGCACGACCGAAAGAGACACGAAGGUCUACACUCUGGCGAAAAGAAAUUCGUCUGCAAGGGCGAUUUGAAAGCUGGCGGCCAGUGGGGUUGCGGCCGCAGAUUUGCGCGUGCUGAUGCACUUGGUCGACACUUCCGGUCAGAGGCGGGGCGGAUCUGCAUCAAACCCUUGCUGGACGAAGAAAUGCUUGACAGGCAGCGUGCCUGGCAAGAACAGCGAAUGCAACAACAGAACAUGCAGAACAUGGCGGCCCAGGGUGCUAUGGGAAUGGAACCAGGCUACCCGAUGGACCCCAGUGGCCAGUACAUGCUGCCGGCCGCUCUUCUUGCCCAAUACCCUGCGUUAGCACAGAUGAACUGGUCCGCGCCAGACGCGAGCAGCGGCCUAGAAGACGAUAUCUCGGGCCGCUCAUCAUUCGAUGCCAGUGACUACGAAGGCGACGACGGCGGUUACGUCAGCGGUCCCGGUACGGGUUUUGGUGAAGGUGGCAUGAGCCAAGGAUUUGGAGAAGUUGGCUACGCCAGUGACUACGGCGGUCGGUAA